AUGUCCUCCUGCUUUGGAUCUCGCAAGAAAGCCAACGGCCAUGGUGACCGCCAGCCCCUCCUCCCUGUUUAUGAGGAUGAUACCUCGCUCCAACGGGCGACUCAUCAGAAGCUGCAUACAUAUCAGAUGAUCCGGGCUUUGCUAAAAGGAUUCAUGCCAUCCAAUGAACAAGUAAUCAUCAAUCUGCGAACUCUGCUCUCUUCCGACGUCCUAAACCCAGAAACUCCCGGCCUGUCAGACAGCGGGAGGAAGUUAAUGAAGUAUUCGAAGCAGUGGCUACAGGAAUUCAUUGAUCUAUUGAGGGAUAAGAAUGAUAGAGAUCAGAUUCAGGAUGUCAUUUGGUUUAUAUCCCGUGCGAAGAUAAGUGUGGAUACUGGCGAUUUGAUACAAACUGCGGCGGAUACGAGGGCAAGGGCUGAUGCAUCGGCUGCAUACGAGAGUAUCAAAACCGUAGGGAGUCUCCUUCUCACCAACUCGGACUUCCGCAUCUUUCUCUCGGACUUGAAUACAAUCGGCCGACAAGUCUUCGCUGACACGGCCAAUACUCUAUCAACCGUCGCCUCCGAUGCCGCGGCUCAAGUAGAGCCUUCGUCCCAGGAUACUGAGGCCAUCAGGGAACCUGGGGGUGAUUCUGAACCGAUUUCCACACAGGACCUCGAGAACGAAGCGACGGAGAUUUCCAACGUAGUUACCGACGGGCUCAAGAAGACCGGUCAGGAAGCAGGAGACAGCUUGAAGGAGAAUCUAUCAGGGGAUCAGAGAGCGACGCUUAUCCAUAGAUUGAAGGCCGCUGUGACAAAAUUGAGACAAAGAAACGACUAUUCGGAUUCUGUGUCGACCAUCGGAUUGCUGAUCCAGCGUUAUGCAAGAGCUUACUCGAGAGCGGCCAAUGAGACGAUUAACACAGUGCAAGAAGAUGUCGACACCAACGAGGACUUGGAUCGGGCGAUCAGGAACGGAUGGAGUUUGCUCAGUUCCUUUGGGGAUAAAGACGCAUGGAAGGAGCUGGAGAAUAGGUUCAACAAAGUGAUGGAGCAUUCCAAGGAGAACCCCGAGUACGAAAAGAUGAUGGAGAAAGUCUCGGACUCCAUUCAGAAGAUGCUGACAGAUCCUGAAUUCUUUGAUUCCGCACCUAAGAAGUUCGACGAGUUGAAAGAGGAAAAGAAAGAGGACACGGAAACCCCCCUUCGCAAGGAUGUCGAUGCAUUGCUCCUCCAGACACAGGUUGUCCUCCACUCCGUCAUCAACGACGAAGACAUCAGCAAGCUCCUCUCUACCAGUCUAAAAAUCUGGAAGAUCCUCUCCCCGACCAACACCAAGACGAACCCAGAACUCUUCGCCGACACCUACACGGUCCUGGUCCCCCUCCUCAUCCAAGCAAUCCAAUACAUCCCGAUCCCACGUCUCGAGAUCGCCGUGCCGGAAAUCGACCUGCUGCUGGAGAACCUGAUCCUGGAGCCCGGCCGCACCAUCAACAACACCUCUUUCCUGCCCUAUCGCCUCAAAGUCCAGACGUACAACGACCUCUCCAUCAGCCGCGCCCGCUUCCGCACCAUCAGCUCCCUGCAAUCCCUCGUGACCGUCAAGGUCCAAGGCCUCUCCCUCCGCGCCGACGACGUCGGCUUCUGGCUGCGCACGCACAAGGGCCUCCUCCGGCUCGCCGACGAAGGCAUCGCCUCAUUCGCGCUCGACGACCGCGGUCUCGACAUCGAGCUGGACAUCGAAGUCGGCCAAGACCAGCUCGAAAAGAUCCUCACGCUGCGCAACGUCCGCGUCAAGAUCCACAAGCUGACCUACACGCUCCGAAAGAGCAAAUUCUCCCUCCUCGCCUGGCUCAUCAAGCCAUUCCUGCGCCCGCUCCUGCGCCGCGUCCUCGAGCGCCAGCUCGCCACCGCCAUUGCCGACUUCUUCCACGCCGCGAACCGCGAGCUGCUGUUCGCCCGCGAGCGCCUGCGCGCUACGCGCAUCGCGAACCCGCGCGAUCUGCACACCUUCGUGCGCGCUGUCCUGACCCGACUGGCGCCGACGGAUGACCCGGAUGUGUAUGCGCGCGUGGGCGUGCGGGGCGGCGCGGACGAGCGAGGGAAUGUCUUCGCGGGCGUGUAUGCGCCGGGGAGCGUGGUCAAGUUGUGGGAUGAGGAGGCGGCGAGGGCCGGGGAGGCGGUGGAGGAUAGGGCGAGGAAGGGCUGGCGGAAUGCGAUUUUUGAUGUGCAGAGUAAUGCGGUGGCUACCUAG